GCGGCGCUUCCGUGGCGGCCCGAGGGCGAGCGGAGGCGGGAGUCGGGCCCAGCCGCGCCGAGCCGAGCCGCGCCGCCGCACGCACCGCGCCAUGGCCAGCUCCCCCGUGUCUCGCGUCGUUUACAACGGCAAGCGGAGCGGCGGCCCGCGUUCCCCCGGCGCCGGCAGCGAGAUCUUCACGCCGGCCCACGAGGAGAACGUGCGCUUCAUCUACGAGGCCUGGCAGUGCGUGGAGCGCGACCUGCGCAGCCAGAUGGGCUCCGAGCGCGGCCUGGUCGAGGAGUACGUGGAGAAGAUGCCGAACCCCAGCCUGAAAGCGUUUAAGCCCGUGGAUCUGAGCGACCUGAAGCGGAGGAACACACAAGAUGCAAAGAAGUCGUAAGGCAGGUCCCCCGCUCGUCGGCCGGUCUUUAAAGUCCUCAAGCAGAUUUAAGUUGAGAUUUUGUGUUGAUUUCCUCCUCUGGUUACUGCACUCCGCCCGUGGGAGAGCCAGUCAGCUCUGGGGCUGGCUUUGGAGCUACCUGAAUUCCACGAUGCUUAGGGGCUCGCUGAAGCUAGACACAGCCCUCUGUAAAAGAUUGCAACCCUUGACCCACAGCUUCCUCAGGCCUCCAUGCUGCGCUCACCGGUCACUUGUUCUUCUUCCAUCUCUGUCCCUGGUGUGCUGAGCAUUCAGGCUUUCUGGGCUCUGGUGCAGGAUAGGGCAGAGCACCCGUGCUGUCGGUAGAGGCAGUGCCAGCUCUCUGCUCCCUUCUGUGCACCGAGGGCUCACGGGUGCUGGAGUGGACCAAGGGGAGAGGGAAGGAAACCUGGUGCUGGCCUCGUGCCGAGGGACACACUGGCAGCCCCCGUUCAGCACUGGGUGCUUCAGCACUGUCGAGCAGCUGACUGCUGCCACUUUGGCACACUUUGCCUAUUCUUUGCUCCCUGGUUGGAGGGUUUCAUUUGUACCUAGUCUGCUAAUGCCCAGGACUUGUCAGUGUUGCCAGAGCUCUUGGGUCUACGUCUGAUGCCGGAUUUUUCUUGUGCUUAGAUUGGGCCAUAUCCUUGUAGUGCUGGCAGUGGAGCUGCUCCUCUUUCCCUGUGGGGGGAGGGAGAGAGAGGCCCCAGCCCCAAACAUUUUGGAGAUGCUCUGAGCACCAGUGCUGAGUUGUGCUUAGCCCCCUCCCACCCCCAGCCAGGAAGGUGGUGGUGGGGGAGUGGCUAGCACUGACUUAGCAUAAAAAAGCUCAUUUGCAUCCUUGUCUGAGCAACUCCUUGCUGUUUGAGCACUAACACCACUUCCCAAACAUGCACCCUUUGAAGAGACCUGGCCCCCACAGCUGGUGGUAGCACUGUGCGCAGGCUGUGGUGGUCCGGUCUGACUUGCCCUGGAGGUUGGCUUUCUUGGGACCCUUGCUCCUGUCUAAUCAUUUCUGUGCAGGGAGAGUGACUGUGCCCUCAUGCCCGUUGGGCAAAGCAGCUGUGGGGCUUCUCGGAGCCUCUGGGGGUGUGGGGAGCUGUGGGAGCAGCCUCCUGUCUGUGCUCAGAGCUGGCAGAGAGGGAGCUGCGGGGGCUCUGCACAGCACGUGGUGGAUUCAGAGUGCAGGGGAGUUGUGGUUGCUGUUAACUUUCCUUCGUUGUGUCAUUGAGCUAUCCUGUUUCCUUUUUUUUUUUUUUUUUUUUGUCUGUCACUUGAGGAGUGUUGUAAAUAAAAGCUGGUGUUCUUUUGAGUCUGCCUCUGCGUGGCUCUGCCUGCUCCUCCAUUGCACGUCACAAGCAUCAGCUCUGGGGCCACACCUGCCUGAUGUUGUUGUGUGCUGCUCACCACGGGGCUGUGCUGGCAGUGGAGCAGUGCCACGGCGCUGCCUGGUGCCUGCCUGGCCGUGUGGGUGUCCAGUGCCCACGAGAGGUCUUGGCUACACCGUGGGCAUUGGACUCGGCCAAUGGGGCUGUGCUCUGCUGUGCCCUCACUCGGCCCCCUCUGCCUUCGAGCUGUGUGUGCGCAUUGCCCUGCUCUGCAUCUGUCCGCAGCCUUUCUGGAGUAAUGCCCUUACUCUUCUCUUUUUAUAGGUUUCCAAACUUGUCCUGUUUUGUUGCUUAAACGCUGUGUUUCUUAUUUUAGACUUCAGUGCUGACAAUAACCAUCAGAGUUUUCUGUACCUCUUCAGGCCUGGCCGAGCCCUAAGGACAAGGAUCGCAAGGAGCAGAAGCCACCUCGAUUAUUGAUUUAUUCAUUUUCCAGAAGGGAUCUUGCCCUUGCACUUGCUCUGGGCUCUUAAUUUCACUGCAGGCAUGUACAGCCUGGCACCGUGUGCUGGUAGCACAAUGCCCUUGGGCUCUGGCAGCCCUCCUGCGAGCCAGCAUCCUAGGAGCUGUUGCUGGACCAAAGAUUGAAAUGUUCAGACUAUUAAUAUACUCGUAUCCUUUUCCCUCUCCUGCAUUUAUGGCAUUUAAACUAUACUUAGCAUUGCUAGAA